UAAGGUUUAUUUGAAAGUUAAAGGUAUGUUUCCUGGAGCAGGGCUGAGCCCCUUCAGGAACUGAGUUUGACACCUCUGGUGUAAGGUGUUCAAUUAUUAAUAUAUUUUUUUUCUCUCUCAUCAGGUCUUUCAAAUUUGCCUGCUCUUUAUUCCAAACCUCGACCACACAUACAGACAAACACACUCACUCACUCACUCACUCACUCACACACAAUAAAGGCACUUUUAAGAGCCACGUCUGUCCUGUUUACCUGUCUGUGCUGUAGUUUACUUGUCACUCUCUUUUUAGCUCUCUCUAUAUCUUUAUCUCUAUUUUCAUCUUUAUUUGUUUUAUUUGACCAUCCUUCCAGUUCUCUUAAUAGUUCCUAAAAAUCCUCUUUAUCGUAACAGUUUGUCCAUCUGUUGUUUGUUUUUGUGUAUAUUUCUUGUCUAGUCAUGACAAGGCCCAAAUUCAGGCCCUGCCCUUCUUGCCAGACUCCCAAUCAGGCAAGCAGGAAAACUUGUCAUGUCUGCUUUGGAAGCCUGUCCACCAAAAACAAAAUAAAAGAAAAAGUGGCAUCACUGGAUAGCCAGUGGGGGAAAUCUGUCCUUAAAAGCAGAAAUGCUGGGCGUAUAAUUGAUUCUGCCCGUAUUGCAGUGCUGAAACUUGAGGCUGUCGGAUACAAGCCAAUUUUAUUUAUUGGGAAACAGGACAAAAGGGCUUCAAAUAAGUGGGUGGCAGAUAUUAUCACGCAUCUGCACCCCACUCCUGUCACCAAAGUGUUUUUGGAGAAGAUGCGGAGGGCUUAUGAGUUUAUCUUAACAAAAGCAACCUCCACAGCCCAGCGGCCGGAGAGCGUCCCCGCGGAGCAGCCGGAGAGCCUCACCAAGCAGCCUGAAACUGUAUUUGUUCUCAAUCUUGUUCCUGUGUCUUGCUCGCUCUCUCCAACCUUUCUCUGUCCUCCUUCCUCUGCUACUUCUACAACUGUUCUUCCGUCACUUUCUUCCCCUCUUCCACCUCCACUGCGGCAGAGGAAAAGAAGGUUAAACACCUUUACCGCGUCAAACUCUACCACCCCUGUCUCUCCUCCAUAUCCAUCUGCCUCUUCCAUUUCCAAGCCUUUGAGUCAGGAGGUGCCACUGGUAAAGAACAGAAGAAAAGGUUGUCAAAAAUGUAGUAGGCAGAAGGUUUUCCUUUUUGAUAAAAUAACUGGGGAACGAAUAAAUGAGGGAAAAGCUGAAUUGAAAGUUCACUGGUUGCCUUGCACUGUGUGUGGCAAAACCUGGGAUGACACAUGGGAGCCUGCGAGUGAAUUCCAACACAUUGUGCCAAAGUCCCCACAUCCCAACCAGCUUUCAGCAUGACAACAUAGUCACCAUAGACACCUGGACUCAUCAAGCACCCUUCAAUGCAGUUUAUUUUUGAGUGUUUUUUCUUGCUGUUUGUUCUUCAGUAAAGUUUUUGCACAG